AUGGCCGAGUUGGAAAAUAAUGGCACCGAAAAGGAGCUCGAAGCCCCGCCGCCCCCGACGCUAUCCGGCCCGAUAGUGGGCAUCAUCUACCCACCGCCGGAGGUGCGAAAUAUCGUCGACAAGACGGCCAGUUUCGUGGCGCGCAACGGGCCUGAGUUUGAGAGUCGCAUCCGGCAGAACGAGUUGGGCAAUCCAAAGUUUAACUUCCUCAGUCCGGGCGAUCCGUACCAUGCGUACUAUCAGUUUAAGGUGCAGGAGAUACGCGAGGGUCGCGCCGAUCCGGCAUCGUCGGGCGGCCCGGGAGGGCUCGGGUUGCAGAAACUGCAAGUGUCCAGUGCGACACAGCAGAAGCAACAGGAGCUGCUGAAGGCCGUCACCGAGCAACAGUUUGUGCCGAAGGAUCCGCCGCCGGAAUACGAGUUCAUCGCCGAUCCGCCGUCGAUUUCGGCCCUCGAUCUCGAUAUCGUGAAGCUCACGGCACAGUUCGUCGCCCGUAAUGGGCGCCUGUUCCUGACCAAUCUGAUGAACCGCGAGCAGCGCAAUUGUCAGUUUGAUUUUCUUCGACCGCAGCACUCACUGUUCCAGUACUUCACGAAGCUGCUGGAGCAGUACACGAAGAUUUUGGUUCCGCCGAAAGAUCUCAUGAACAAGCUUAAGGUCGAGAGUGUGCCCGGCCGCAGCAGCAUGAACGUGGUGCUGGAGCAGGUCAAGUAUCGGGCCAACUGGAUGAAGCACCAGGAGAUGCAGAGCCGGCGGGAGGAGGAAAAGGUGGAACGCGAACGGAUUGCGUACGCGCAGAUCGACUGGCAUGACUUUGUGGUGGUCGAGGUGGUCGACUACCAACCGUACGAGUCGGGUAACUUUCCGCCACCGACCACACCGGACGAAGUGGGCGCCCGGGUCCUGAUGGAAGAGCGGUUGAACGAGGAAGAUCACGAUAUCGAGAUGCAGAUCGAGUCCGACAAUGAUGACAGUGACGACGACCACCGUCAGCACGGUGUGGAAGGUAAUGGAACCGUGAAGCUGUCGCAGAUGGAGAAUUUGGUCGGCAAGGCGCAGCAGAAGGACAACACACAGGUGCAGGACAUGGAUGAGUCGUCCACCUCGGGCGACGAAGCCGAGAGCGAUCGGCAAAAGUCGGUGCCGGCUCCGAUAGCACCACCGACGCACGACAAGGUCAUCGUGAAGAAGUACGAUCCGAAGCAGUCGCAAAAGGUGGCAAAACCGGUGGCCGCAGCUUCCGACGAUUAUCUCAUUUCGCCCAUUACGGGCGAAAAAAUUCCGGCCGCAAAGGUGGCCGAACAUAUGCGCAUCGGUCUGCUGGAUCCCCGCUGGGUGGAGCAGCGUGAUAAGCACAUCGAAAAGGUGGCCCAGGAGAACGUUUACGCGCCGGGAGCGGCCAUCGAGGCGAGCUUGAAACAGUUGGCCGAGCGGCGUACCGAUAUUUUCGGUGUUGGCGACGAGGAAGCGGCCAUCGGUAAGAAGCUGGGCGAGGAGGAACCACGGAAGGAUGAUCGCGUGACCUGGGACGGGCAUACGUCGUCGGUGGAAGCAGCUACGCGGGCGGCCCGCGCCAAUAUUACGCUCGAGGCACAGAUCCACCAGAUCCACAAGGUGAAGGGACUGAUUCCGGACGAGGAGAAGGAAAAGAUUGGACCGAAACCGAUCCCGGGCUCGAUGGCCACGCAACAGAAAGGACCCUCUCAGCAUCAGCACCACCAACAGCAACAGCAGCAACAACAGCAUCAGCAUCAUCAACAGCACCAACAUCAGCAGCACCAACACCAUCACCAUCAACAGGUUUCACAGCAAUCGCAGCCUUCUGCGAUGGCUCCCCAACAGGCGCAGCUUGCCCAGAUGCAGCACGCACAGAAAGCAAUGCAACAGCACCCAGUACCGCCACCCGUACCUCCGAUGAUGAUGAUGGCCAUGGGGCCUCCUCCGUUCGGUGUUGGCUCCUACGUUCCUCCGAUGGCACCGCACGGCGCACCGCAGAUGCAAGCGGGCGGACAGCCUCCGGUGCCGAUCAUGUCCGAUGCACAGCACCAACACCAGCAGCAGCAGCAGCAACAGCACGAGCUACUCGAUGAGCCGCCGAACAAAAAGUCCCGCACCGAGGACAACCUGAUCGAGGAGAGUGUUUUCCUGCAGCGCCACGCAGCCAUCGGACCCAUCACUGUGCUGGUGCAGUGUCCCAACAUGACGGAAAAGAACGAUUGGAAGCUGAGCGGCCAGACGCUGUCGCUGGUCGUCAACCUAACCGACACGGUCAGCUCCGUGAAGGCGAAGGUACAAACGGAAACGGCAAUGCCACCGGCGAAGCAGAAGAUUUUCUACGACGGUAUGUUCUUCAAGGACAACAACACGAUCGCGUACUACAACCUAGUAAACGGUGUAACGGUGGCACUGCAGCUGAAGGAGCGUGGUGGUCGCAAGAAGUAAAUCUCUGGCACGCCCAAUGAAGGUUGGCCAAAGCAUUUACACAGCGAGGUGGUCAAUUUAAUCGAAAACAACUAAAGGAAUGAUCAGAAUCCGAACUCAUCCGCAACGGGAUUAACGUAAAA